UGUACAAAACCUUUAUUUAGUAAAAAUUAAGCUUCAAUAAGAUGUAUGUAUGCUAUUAUUAUUUUGAGGGAAUGUGUUGUAAAACGAAGUAGGCGAGUCGCAAUCUGCGGCGCAAAAAAAUUUCAAGGAAAGUUAUUUUCAAUUUAAUUUCAGACAUGGCUAGCAGGUUAUUUUAUAAGCAUUAUUUUAAAACACAAAGAAAAAAAAUUGCAUUUUGUAAAUUUCAUUUUAAAAUUUAGAUCAAAUAAUAUGACAUAAAUACACACCGUCGAGUACUUUUUGACUGCCUCUUCCGGGAAAAUUCCAUACUGUACGAGAGUGUCGACAAUCCUUUCAAGAUUAACUGGACUUGUUGAGGCCACCAGUUUAUCGAAGUUUGUGUUUAUAAUCUCCUUGUCUUCCUCCAGCAUGCCAUUGUUUUGAUCCAUCGUAAUUUUACUCUUGGUGUUACUUAUCCCCGCGAGUGCCGAGUUCUUUAUCCAGCAAAGAUAAGACUUGUCUUCUCCAUUUGUUUACUCCCGUCAGUUAUUUCAGAACAUAUGCAACCACCAACACAAGGAGCACCAACAUCAACAAAACGAUUGAAGCGCCAUCAUUUGCUGCGUAUUUGGACAAUGCGGAAAAAUAAGGAAAUUCUAACAAUUUCUGUUUGCUUGUUUUUGACGCUAGCUUCAUCAUGGUACAAAGGGGGCGUGGUUUGUGAUUGUCACGAGCUAUCUGGUCUCUGGGUCAUAAUUAUAAUAGUUCAGAGAUGAAUCAACCUUUUUAAAUUUGAUUGAGAAAAGCAUAAAAAUCAAAAUGCAUGACGCCUACAUGAUUGACUGGCUGCUCAAGUCGCCAACCCAAGUGCAGUUCGAGUGUGUUACAACGUUUGGUGACAACCUGCUGGUUGGUUCAAAGCAGGGUCAUUUGCUGAUGUAUAGCGUGACAUCAAAACCAGCCGAUCAAAAAAAACUUGACGUUCAAUUGCUAAAGCUGAUUAAAACAUUUUCUAAGAAAGCAAUCAACCAAUUGGCUGUUGUUCCUGAAUUCGAAAUCAUCAUUAGUUUGUCAGAUGGCAUUGUAAAUGUUCACAAUAUGAGAGUGUACAAUUUCCCAGUUGUGUCCUCUCUAGAGAAAACUAAAGGUGCCAGUCUCUUCAGUUUAGAUGUGAAGAAAGUAACGUCUCUUACUGGCAUAACAUCAGUCAUGGUGCGGAUGUGCGUUGUUGUGAAAAGGAAACUGCAGCUGUUCUAUUGGAAAAGAGACAAAUUUUUGGAUUUCCGAGACGACAUCAGUGUGCCCGACAUUCCUAAAGCGGUUGAAUGGUGUGACGAUAAAAUUGUUGUUGGCUUUAAAGGAGAAUACAAGUUGAUUGAUAUUUCAGGGAAGCAAGAAGAAUUAUUUCCCAUAAAACCACAAGAGCCAAGCGUGACAAAAUUGUCAGACAGGACGUUUGCUCUAGGAAAAGACUGCAAGACCAUCUUGAUGAAUACGGUUGGAGAAGCCCUACAAAAUGUUCCUGUCAAGUGGAAAGAACCACCAGAGGCAAUAGCUUUUGAUGACCCAUAUUUUAUUGCCGUGGGAAACGCUAACAUCGAAGUGAAGACGACAGAUGACUUGCUUGUGCAGCAAAUUUCCCUGCCCAAAAGCUCUGCCCGCUUGAUUUGCAGAAACCGGCAAGGCUUUCUGUUUGUUGCCUCUGCUGCGGAAGUUUGGUGCUUGCAUGGUGUGCCUUUGGUUCAGCAGAUCCGACGAGUCCUCGAAGAUAAACAAUUUGAACUUGCUCUCAAACUGACUAACAUAUCUGACGAGACCGAGUAUGAGAAACGUAAAAACGCGCAUGAGAUUCAAACACUGUAUGCGCACGAUCUUUUUGAAAAGAAGCAGUUUGCCAAAUCCAUGAGCGAGUUCAUCAAACUGGGUACCAACCCGUACAAUGUCAUUCAAUUGUACCCUGAGUUGUUGCUGAAACCGGGCUCCGAUUCAAAGGCGAGUGCAAAAAUGAAUGACAGAGACUCGGAAAAGGCUUUACUAGCUCUGAUUGAAUAUUUGACUGAAGUGAGACAAACCAUCAUGGGAAAGACGGAAUGGGUGUCCGAGGAAGUGGACUCUAAAAAGCACAAUCUCAUUCAGAUCAUCGACACCACUCUAUUAAAAUGCUAUCUUCUAACCAACGACGCACUUGUUGCGCCUCUCCUUAGGCUGAAUAGGUGCCACUUGAGAGAGACUGAGACAAUGCUGAAAAAAUUUCAAAAAUACCGAGAGCUCAUUAUUUUGUACCAAACAAAUAAUAUGCACAAGUGUGCCCUUGAUCUGCUCAAAGAACAGUCCCAAAUCCAAGAGUCUCCUCUUCAAGGAGCAGACCACACCAUCUUAUACCUGCAACAGCUUGGUAACAACCACAUUGAUCUGAUCCUGGAGCAUGCUGCCUGGGUUCUUGCUAUGAGUCCAGAAGAGGGGUUCAGAAUAUUUACUGAAGACUUACAGGAGGUCGAACAACUUCCUCGACCAAAGGUGCUUGACUUUCUGCUGCGAGAACAACCAAAUUUGGUAAUUCCUUACCUUGAGCAUGUGAUCAACGUUUGGGACGAGAAAUCAGAUAUUGUCCACAAUGCCCUUGUCUAUCAGUACCGAGCCAAAAUUCAGCAGUUGCUGGCAUCAAACAAUAAUGACGAUGCAAGCGCAUUUAGAGAGAAAUUGAUUACAUUCCUCAAGACUUCUCACCAUUACAACCCACAAGUGGUCAUAGUUCAGUUUCCUGUCGACAGUCUAUUCGACGAGAGGGCAAUUGUUUUGGGUCGGAUGGGCAUGCACGAAAAUGCUAUUUCCAUAUUUUUAAGAACUCUGAACAAUACCAGUAAAGCCAUGGAGUAUUGUGAAAAUGUAUAUCGAUGGAAACAGGAGGGAUAUGAAACGGUCUAUGUUCAACUGCUGAGAAUGAUUAUUGAUCCACCAAGUGAUCCCUUUCAAGAGAUGCUGGGAAUCUCAAAUUCGACUGCAAAGCCUGAUGUGGAGAAGGCAUUGUCGAUUUUACAAAUGCACUCUAAUGAAAUGCCAGUCUUGGGGGCACUGAAUGUACUUCCGGAUAACGUACCUCUGGUCAGGAUGCAGAAGUUUUUGCACUCUAGUUUUCAACACAAGCUAAUGGAGCGAAGGAGAGUGCAAAUUCUCAAAGGUCUCUUACAAGCAGAGCAUUUCCAAGUAUUGAAAAAGAAAAUUGAAAGUCAGUCUGAGGUAAUGCAUCUCACUGAAUUGAAGCUGUGUCCUGUGUGCAAAAAGAGAUUCAGCAACCAAAGUGCUUUUGCACGGUACCCCAAUGGAGAAAUUGUUCACUAUUCGUGUCAAGAGGCAAAGAAGUGAGAAGAUACAAUUUCACGCGUUUUGUGAUAUGUAUGGCUAAUUUUUAUAACGAGUUUGAACUUGUAAAACAAGAUAAAGGGCAAUUACGAUUUAA